CAGCAGAAAUGACGAUUAAGAGAAAAACACUUGGUUUGAUUCACAAACAAUAUAAUAACAUAAAAUAAUACAAAAAUUGAAAAUGAUAAACUGAAAGAAGUCGUCGACUUUUAGUAUCUAUUAGGAAGCCAGAUAAAUCGUCUCAAAAUCUACUAUGUCUUUUACUUCUUGUUACAGAAGCCAAGAUUGAAGUUGUUUGGCUUUGUAAAUCUACACACGUUUGUAUUAUGGUAACAGCUAAAAUAACCAGAGUUUGUUCAUCUACAAUGCGAAAUAAUAGUCCAUCGUCAGUUGUUUCCACACGAACCAAUAGAAACAGGAGCAACGAAAGGAUAAAGCAAAAUGAGCCACCAUCAGAAAACUCUUCCACAAACUCAACAAAAACUAUUAGUAAAAGUCAAGGAAGUCAUAUAGGCUCUCCAACAACCUCAUUCACAAGCACCAAUUCGUGGAAAUCUAGGGCAAGCGGGUCCGGAAGUUUGGAAAACAUAAAUGAAAAUAACAACAUAUCCUUCAGGAAGAUCGCAACUUCCUUUCCACAAGUAGAAAACAACAUACAUGUGGUUAUCAGGGUACGACCCUUAAAUUCCAAGGAAAUACGAUGUGGAGACACAUCUACCGUGGAUUUUCCCGGAAAUGGUCAAAUUCUGGUUCAUGGCAUGCCAAACGGGAACAGCAACCAAAAAGAAAAAACGUUUUCCUACGACGCCGUUUUUGAGCCAGCCUCUAGUCAAGAAGACGUUUUCGAAUUUUGUGGAAUCAAAGAAUUGAUCGAAAUGGCUGUCGAAGGUUUUCGUUGCACAGCUUUUUGCUACGGACAGACAGGAAGCGGGAAGACCCAUACGUUAACAGGACCUCCUGGACUCUUUUUGCAAAGACCCACUGCUUACCAUAAAGACCAUGGUUUAAUACUGCGGUCUUUUGUUUAUCUGUUUCAACUGUUGGACAAAAGCUCAGAAAUACAUUACACAUUGAGAGCGAGCUUUUUGGAAAUAUAUAACGAAAAAAUUAUUGACUUGUUAAAUCUUGGAUCAUCCCGGAAACCUCUACCAAUUCGCUGGAGCAAAAAAGCCCGUGGAUUUUUCGUCGAAAACCUGUUCACAGUCGUGUGUGAAGAACUUGACGAUCUUAUAGCUGUUUUAGAAGAAGGAAUGAGAAAUAGGUCUGUUGGAAAACACAACAUGAACGAAUAUUCCAGUCGAAGUCACACAAUUUUAACGAUCAAUAUAACAUCAGAAAUAGCUGCCGAAGGGGGUGUCUUCAUCUCUAGAACUGGCAAAUUGAAUUUUGUUGAUUUAGCUGGGAGCGAAGUCACCAAAAAAACCCAAAGCGGUGGUAAAACCUUGGAAGAAGCCAACAAUAUCAACAAAAGUCUCAUGGUUUUAGGUUACUGCAUAUCAUCAUUGAGUGAUCCCAAAAGGAUCGGUACUCAUAUCCCUUACAGGGACUCCAAUCUCACAAAACUACUUGCCGAUUCUUUGGCAGGUAAUGGUGUUACUUUAAUGAUUGCUUGUAUUUCCCCUGCAAAAUCAAAUCAAUCGGAAUCAGUUAAUACAUUACGAUAUGCUUCAAGGGCCAAGAAAAUAAAGACAAAACCCGCAGUGUUAAUGGAUCCUCGUGAGGCCUUAAUAUUGAACUUGAAGAGGGAAAUAACAACGCUACAGUCGGAAAAUGAUCAUUUAAAAACAGCUCUAAAUUUCCACCAAAUCCCGACAUCGUCAACAAACCCCACGUCAGCCGAAGAUUUGGAGAGAAUUUCGGAAUUGGAAGCUCCUGAACUGGCCGAGUUGGUUCGUCAUUACGUAAAUGAGAACGAAACGUUAAAAAAAGAAAAUUCAGAGCUUUAUCAGUCCAAGGAGCUUCUCUUGAGGGACCACGAAUUAGUUUGUAGAGAAAAUGAAAGAUUACUUAAGAAAUUGGAAGAUGUCAAUUUGGUUUGCUGUCGUUCGCCACUUAUACCUGCUAGGGCAGCAUUUUCAGCGGGCGACCUUGAAAAUGUCAUCCAACAACCCCCAAGUACUCGUCAGUCUUCAAUAGAACUCCCUAAAACUGUCACUAAAGAAUUGGAUAUGCGACAAAUAGGAAAAGUAAGCGUCACCAGUGGUCGUAGUAAAAGGAGUUCAUUAAACGGGAAAAACCACCCUCUAAGGGCGAAAAACUUAAAACCCUCAAACGACCCUAAAUCUGCGCACAGUUCUAGAAGAUUUUCGAUAUCUGGCGCUAGUGACAGUGGACAGUACAGGGAUGGACUUGGAAAAAAUAAGGAUCCUUUUGGAAGUGCAGUGUCCUUGAUUGGAGAUCCUGGAUAAAAACAGACUCGUACCACUGAUAUCUCGACAAUGAAUAAAAAAGGACAAAGAGGCAAGGCAAUCAUCCCGAUUAAGGACAAUAGAAUAUGCACAAAUAUUAUUGAUAACAAAAAAAUUAAUUUUAGAAAGAGUGCUGUGACUGACCAAUUAU